AUGGAUAUUGAGGCCUUGUGGGCAGUUGGGGGGUACUGCUUUCUUCUCUCUUCUCCGUCCAGUAGUAAUUGCAUGGCAACAACAACAACAACAACAAUUCGCCAUCAUCAUCAUCAAUACCUAGUUUUGCUCAUCCUGUUUCUUUUUCUUCUGCUCAUCACGCCUUCUCCAGCGCAGCAGGGGCAGCUGCUUCAUUCUCCCAUCUCCGUCAAAAGGGUAGUUUUGGAUUCCUCCUCCUCCACCACCGUGGAUCUGCAGCAGCCAGAAGAACAAGUUGGGAAGAGAGGCCACGACGAGUCGAGGCCAAGGUGGAAGCCGAGGAGAGAUGAGCAUCAGUUUGGAGCUGAGGAGCAUGAGGUCCCCAGCGGUCCCAACCCCAUCUCCAAUUAG